UGGACAUUCAGGUGAGAGAGAGCAGACUUUUUGUCGGAGGCUAUAAGACCACAGCACAGAAAGCAGCGAGCUUCGGGUAGAAGCCUGGUUUGAGUGGUUUAGGAGAACGUUGGCCUGGAUGACCUGGUGAAAACUGCACUGUUACUGAUGACCGGAUCACUGGAUGUUUUAAUUGCUGCCUCAUUUCUGCUGGCGCCUGGCUUAUCCUGCAUCAGAGAUAUUUAUAAUCUGAACAUGCUGGAGUUAUGACAUCAUCCGGCACUGCUGACCAUGACAAGCGUUUGGGGAAGCAUGCAAACCGGUCUGUCAUGGGGACAAUGGGUUGUCAGAAGACUUUCAAGGUGGAGAAACUCCUGAAACAGUCUCAGUGGGAAGUAGCGUGGAGCCAGAGGCAAAGGUUAGUUACGACGAAGAGGAACAGCCGGAUGAGAGGCACAGAUAAGCUGAGAAAUGAAGUUUUGCCCCUCCAGCUCCCAGGUGUGCAGCGUUUGGACAGCUUUCGUCUUCUAGAGGACAACAGCGGAGCUCUGAGACUCAACCCGGAGACCCUGAGCCACCAAAGGCAAAAGCAGAAGUUACUGGAGACUGAGAUCAGCACCAGAAGGAAGGAGUGUGAAGCACUUGAGGCGGAGGUGAAGAAAAAGAAUCAAACAUGUCAGACUUUGGAGAAUGAGCUUCAAGAUUUCCUCCAGGAGAACAAACACUUGAACCUCCAGUUGUUUAACAAUAGCCACAAGGCAUCUGAGUAUGAGAAGGUGAAGUCUGAGUAUGCCCAGCUCAAAGAGACCCUUGGUGCUGUGACGCAGGAGAGAGAUUUAGCCCUGUGGGAGAGGAACCAGCUCCAAGGCAAACUGGAGAACCUAGAGCAGGUGCUCAAGCAUAUGCGCGAGGCUGCGGAGCGGAGGCAGCAACUAGAGUUGGAGCAUGAGCAGGCCUUGGCUGUACUCAAUGCAAAGCAGCAGGAGAUUGAAGUUCUUCAGAAGGCUCAGGUUGAGGCAAAAAAGGAACAUGAAGGCGCUGUCCAUCUGUUAGAGAACCACUUGGACAGCAUGCAGGCCAAAGUCCGCGAGCUGGAGGAAAAAUGCCGGUCUCAGAGUGAGCAGUUCAACCUCCUGUCAAAAGAGCUGGAGAAGUUCCGGCUCCAGGCUGGGAAGUUUGAUAUCCUCAGCACUGAACCCUUAACUUUAUGUGAAUCUCCUGGGUCGCCCAACAAAUCCCUCUCACAGCUCCUCAAUGGACUGGCUGCCCCCAUAGGAAAAGGCAAUGAGGCUCCAACAAGCAGAUCUUUGAUAUCUGAGUUCAUUCGACCCCUCCAGAUCAGUGGAGACAAGCCCGAGCUCCUCUCUGUCAAGCCAACAUUCCUCACUCGCGGUCGAGUCAGCAGCCCAGCGCGGGCUUUCCUCUCUGAGAUGGACAAAGAGCUCAGCUCAACUACCAGGUCCAAACCGAGGUUCACGGGGAAAGUUCGUCUGUGUAUUGCUCGGUACAGUUACAAUCCUUAUGAUGGGCCUAAUGAGCAUCCUGAGGCAGAGCUCCCCCUGGUGGCAGGGAAGUACCUCUACGUUUACGGGACGAUGGAUGAGGAUGGCUUUUACGAAGGAGAGCUGCUGGAUGGACAGCGGGGACUCGUCCCGUCCAAUUUUGUAGAUUUUGUCCAAGAUGAGGAGACACCCUCUGUCCAGCACAGGGACACAGUGGCUAAAGAACCUGGCUACCUCAACCACAGUAGCCUGGGGCCUCAGAGACUGAAAGUGGGCACAGGAACGGGAACGGGCAUAAGCAGCCUGCUGUCUGACAGUAAACUAGACUGUCUAAGCACCAGCAGCUUGGGCAUGGACCUCCUGGGCUCCUCCAGCAACGGGACAGGAACCUUGGAUGUCAGCAUUGACGAGGUCGGUGAAGACAUUGUGCCUUAUCCCCGCCGCAUCAACCUGAUUAAACAACUGGCCAAGAGCGUGAUUAUUGGCUGGGAUCCUCCUGUGGUCCCACCGGGCUGGGGCUCCAUCAGUGGCUACAAUGUCUUGGUGGAUAAGGAGUUACGCAUGAGUGUCCCCUACGGGGGCAGGACAAAGUCCCUUCUUGAAAAGCUCAAUCUGGCCACCAACACCUACCGAAUCUCAGUGCAGAGCAUCACUGACCGGGGCCCGUCGGACGAGCUCCGGUGCACUCUGCUCGUGGGAAAGGAUGUGGUGGUGGCACCUUACUACCUGCGGGUGGACAGCAUCACGCAGGUCUCUGCUGAGCUCUCUUGGAUGCCCAGCAACAGCAACUACAGUCACACCAUCUUCCUCAAUGGUGCAGAGUACGACAUGGUCAAGGCAGGGGGCUACAAGUACAAGUUCUUCAACCUGAAGCCCAUGACAGUUUACAAGGUGAAGGUUGUGGCGCAGCCGCAUCAGGUGCCUUGGCAGCUUCCGAUGGAUCAGAGAGAGAAGAGGGAAAUCUCUGUGGAGUUCUGCACUCAGCCUGCAGGGCCCCCUCUCCCUCCCCAGGAGGUGCAGGUCCAGUGUGGUCAGACGCCGGGGGUCCUGCAGGUCAGAUGGAAGCCGCCACCUCUGUCGUCUUCAGGAACCUCCAACGGUGCCAGUGUGAUUGGCUACGCCGUGUGCACAAAGGGACAAAAGAUAGCAGAGGUCUUAUACCCCACAGCAGACUAUGUGACCGUGGAGUUAAACAGGAUUCAGUGUCUGGAGGCCAGGGAAGUCAUUGUAAGGACGUUAUCAACACAAGGAGAGUCCCAGGACUCGCCUGUGGCCGUCAUCCCGCACAAUCUGUUGGGCUCGCCACGCCUCUCCCACAGAACCACUGCGCCUCCCCACCCUAUGUCCCACCCGCAGCCCCACCCGGUACACUCACAAACCCAUCCUCCUUACCCGUCGACGUACCCCCCCAAUCAUCCACAGCCCCAGGUGCAGCCUCUGCCUAGAGCCCAGCCCCACACGCUGCCCCACGCACAGCCACAUACGCAGCCCAUCUGCCAACCCCCUCCUCAUUUCCAGCGCCACCCCAUGCCCAAGUCCAAACCAUUAGCAAGUGCCAGAGAGCCAGAAACCAAAGAGCAUGAGGUGGGACUACGGACAGCCCAGCCGUGGGAGCGAUCCCCCUCUCCGCUGCCUCCCAUGCGUGGACCCAACCUGGAGCCGCCGCACUUUCAGCCACGGCGAUCGCCCUCUCCUCAGAGGAUCCUGCCACAGCCUCAGGGAGUCCCCAUCCCCAACACCAUCGCCAAGGCCAUGGCCAGGGAAGCUGCCCAGAGAGUGUUUGCUGAGGGCAACCGGGUUGAGAAAAGGAAUAUCUUUAGUGAGCGAGGCAACGCCUUGCAUCCACUCAACUCUGAUGAGGAGGAGGACGGCUACGACUCUCCUCAUGCGAGGAGAAGAGGAGCCUCGGUGGAUGAAUUCCUCAGGGGCUCAGAGUUGGGCAGACAGCACCAUCACCACCACUACAGCCACAGCGAGGAGUACCACACAGAGAGUAGCCGGGGCUCUGACCUGUCCGACAUAAUGGAGGAGGACGAGGAAGAUCUUUACUCUGAGAUGCAACUGGAGGAGGGCCGCAGACGCAGCAUCAACUCUCACAACACUCUUAAGAUCAUUGGGAACUCACCAUCACACGGAAGCGCUGAUCGUCUGGACCACUCAGGGAGGAGGCCGGUUCACAUCGGCAACCCCCCUCAGCAACGGCCCAUCCCAUCCAUUGAGAUCACCAUGGACAGUAACAGUGAGGGGAGUGAGGGGAACCUCUCACCCGUCAAGGAGGAUGUUUACUAUGGCAGUGUAGCUCGGCGCAGGAUAUGGCGAUCUAUGUCCUCAGAGGAUCAAUAUGACGGCUAUGGCGGGCGAAGGCACGGGCGGGGACGGCGCUCCGCGGAAUACUAUGAGGAGUCAGAGCCGGAGGAGAUGACCCGUGUGUUUGUGGCUCUGUUUGACUAUGACCCCAUGUCCAUGUCUCCCAACCCCGAUGCUGCUGAUGAGGAGCUGCCAUUCAAGGAGGGCCAGAUCAUCAAGGUCUUUGGGAACAAAGACACAGAUGGCUUCUACAGGGCGGAGGUCCGAGACCGAGUGGGUCUGAUCCCCUGCAACAUGGUCUCCGAGAUCCAAACAGAGGAUGACGACAUGAUGGAUCAGCUCCUAAAACAGGGCUUCCUGCCACUCAACACUCCUGUGGAGAAGUUAGUGAACUGUGACCGUUUCAAAGAUGGCCGCUCAAUAAAUCGCAGGUCCAGAAAGUCCAAGAGAGAGAGGAACAGACGGAGUGGCCGUCAACAUCCAAUGUCGACACGGAGAAUGGUGGCUCUGUACGACUACGACCCCCGAGAAAGCUCUCCAAACGUUGAUGUAGAGGCUGAACUGACUUUCUGUGCCGGUGAUGUCAUCACAGUUUUUGGUGAAAUAGAUGAAGAUGGCUUUUACUAUGGCGAGCUCAACGGACACAAGGGACUUGUUCCUUCCAACUUUCUAGAAGAAGUGCCUGAUGAUGUAGAGGUUUUUCUAACUGACUCACCAUCUCGAUACCCCCAGGACACUCCUGCACGGAUAAAGACCAAAAGGGUUCCACUGGACAAAUCGGGUCCGCCCAGAAGAACAGGCUCUCCCACAGUGCGUCCACACAUCCCUGGCUCUGGCCCUGCCACCGUGGGGCCCGGCAGUCCCAUCAGGGCCCCACUGGACAUGUACUCCUCCAAAAAGAAAAAGGGACUGCUCUCCAAAGGGAAGACACUAUUGCAAAGACUUGGCGCUGUAAAAUAAUUCCUCAACAUACUUGGAGAGUGUCAUCCACGUCCUUGUAGUGUUAAAAGAAAAAAAAUUGAAACUUAACAGUGGACAGGUGGCAUUUGUGAGCUUAGCAAAUGCUUUAUUCUUGUACAUCUGUUGUAUACUACAAUAUUUGUAUUUUGUUAACAGUAUCAGCUACAUCAUUUCAGUAACACCUUUCAUAUUAUGAUCCCGAGACCUCACGGUGUCGGCCGAUGUAGUAUUGAGUAUCUUACCUCCAAAUCUCUGAUGUUUUGCUGUAGACAGAGACCGGGCCUGAGGCAUUCUCCAUUUUGAACCUGGUCAAGUCUGAUGGCACUUAACACACUACAUUGUGAGCCUGACCAGUGUCUCUGUGCGCAGAAUGUCACUCAAACACAGAGGGCUCAGUUAAAGCUCCGAAGAAAAAGACGGACUUGCAGGGCCUCGACUUGAGCUUGUUCAAAACGGCCAGUCGCAUAAAUUGUACGAGAGGUUUGCAUGCUUUACUUCAGCACAUUCCCUCCUGACCCCUCGAGAGUGCAUGCAAUGUGACGGGCUCAGUGUGGAACCUGGAGCGUGCAGUACUUUAAUACGCCACAGCUGACUUGCUGUGUAGUAUACUGUGACAAAUCAGAAUUAACUCUCCUGCCCUAUCUCAACAACUCGUGAUAAGAGUUCCCCUUCACAAACACGUCAGACACCUAAUAAAACAAGCACAUACUGUACCUACUACAGGGUCUCUGCAUUGAAAUCAGCCUGAGUAGAUCAACCCUCCAUGUAUUUGCCUUACAAUCGCACAAUGGUUAGUACUUUGCCCAGUAGAGUGCAGUCCCAUGCCUAUUUUUCAUUUAUGUUGGUACUUCAUAAAAUCUGUUUGCAGAUGUUAAUCCUGACUUGUGCUGUGCAGGGUAUUGUGUGACUGUCGUGAUUUCCAUAGGACCAGAGCUUACACAUAACCGUCUGAGACUCCUGUGUCCAUCAUCUAUAGAUAAGCCCGAAAAAGAAAGUCUUUUUAAUCUGAAAAAACACAUGAAAAAAAGUCCAAUAUUCUCUGUAUACAAACUCCUGAGGCUGAGUGAAUGAAGGGACUUUUUUGAGUUUACUGUUUUUGAUGCCACACUGAUGCACAUCUGACUUGAAAUGACUACUCUACAAAAGGAAACCGUGACAUAAACAGAUUAAAGAACAAAUCUGUGAUAUAGCAUCAGCAAAUGAAGUCCUGGUAUUGUACUGCAUUUGAUUCAUAACAUGCAACACUUUUGGGCUUCACUCGAAGACUAAAGGUUUGACUGUUUUCACAGUAGUUAACAGUGAGACACAAGGCUACCUCUACGCUGCCCCUCAACCCUUCUAACCCAAAAUCUAAUAGAUCUGAAAUAUGUUUAUUCAAGCCAAUCUGUCAUUGAUGCCUGUUCAGUGUGUCCCGAGUUAGGUUGGUGCAGGAUACAAGUACUGUAUAUCAAUAUAUAUAUAUAUCUAUAUAUCUAUAUCUACACCUUAAUGUAGAGUAGUGAAUGUAUGAUGAAUUGAAAGCCAAUGUAUUUUCAAAGCUGCCCAAAAGGAUUGUGCAGAUGUCCGUCUUUGUGCGUGAAAUGAAACAGUUCACCUUUAUUUCCUUACACAUUGUUUUCCAUUUCAUCCUCAUGUAUUUAAAGGAAAAAAAAUCUAGCCUAUUUUUUCUACACAAAAGAGUUGAACUGAAACUGCCAAAAAAGAAUGUAUGCAAAACAUUCUGUAAUACUUUCUGUACAAUUCUCGGCCGAACAGCCACGUUGACCUACGGUAAACUGAUGUACACCUUUUCCUAUUUAUGGACCAUGUCUUCAGACAUUGCUUCUAUUCAUUUUGAGUGACUGUUGCUCUUUUUGUACUUUGUCCAUUUGUAAAAUUGUUUUUAAAUGUUUAUACUUGAUUUUCAAACUGCCUUUUUUGUACAUUUAACUUUAUAAUCAAACAGUGCAAGCUUUCCCCAUGGUGUCUUGAAGACCAUAUUGUUUUAAAGUCUGCAAUUGUGUGCUAGCUUUAUGAUAAGAAUUAUCAGCCUAUAUUGAUGGUUACAAAUUAUUGUGUGGGUGUGCAUGUGCAAUCUUUUCUAAAGAAAAGAAAACUAAACAA